GUUGAAGGGCAGCUGGUUAGUUUUAUCCGGACUUUGGUGUUGGUGUCAGCAAUGGCCGUCAACGUUUCCACCUCUUCCCCAGCUCUCUUCUCAUCCAAAUCCGACCAUUCCUUGUGUUUUCGUCGGUCCGACCCACACCCCAAUUUCCCAAAAUUCGACCGUUGCAGUUUUCCUCGACAUAACCCUCCAAGACUGAGCAGCUAUGCUACGAAUGCUUCAUUACUAAGAGCCAAAGCCUCUCAGAAUACAAGAGAGCCCAUGCUUCCUCCUUACAAUGUGCUCAUCACCGGUUCAACCAAAGGUAUUGGUUUUGCUCUAGCCAAAGAGUUCCUCAGAGCAGGAGAUAACGUUGUGAUUUGCUCUAGAUCAGCUGAACGAGUUGAAUCUGCUGUUCAGAGCCUUAGAGAAGAUUUUGGCGAGCAGCGUGUGUGGGGUACUAAAUGUGAUGUUAGGGAAGGGAAAGAUGUGAAGGACUUAGUGGCCUUUGCACAAAAGAACCUGAAAUACAUUGAUAUAUGGAUUAAUAAUGCAGGAUCAAAUGCUUAUAGUUAUAAACCCCUGGCAGAGGCUUCAGAUGAAGAUCUUAUUGAAGUUGUCACCACAAAUACACUUGGUUUGAUGAUAUGUUGCCGUGAGGCAAUAAAGAUGAUGUUGGACCAGCCUCGAGGUGGUCAUGUUUUCAACAUCGAUGGAGCUGGUUCUGAUGGAAGACCAACCCCAAGGUUUGCUGCAUAUGGAGCAACAAAGCGUAGUGUGGUGCAUUUGACAAAAUCAUUACAGGCAGAAUUACAGAUGCAAGAUGUCAAGCAAGUCAUAGUGCAUAACUUGUCGCCAGGGAUGGUUACAACUGAUCUUCUCAUGUCUGGUGCAACUACGAAGCAGGCAAAGUUUUUCAUCAAUGUUCUGGCAGAACCAGCUGAAGUGGUUGCCGAGUAUCUUGUUCCAAAUAUAAGAUCCAUCCCUACCAAGGGAUCAAUGAAGCCCACUUACAUCCGUUUCCUAACAGGGAUGAAAGCCUACUCCCAGAUAUUCUCAAGAUUUGCUUUUGGUGCAAGAAGGAACAGAUAUUUGCUCGAAGAUUAAAUAUUACAGUGUAAUUUUUUAUCUGAUCCUUUCCAUCUGAUUUUGUAGUGUAAAUUACAGAGUUUUGUGUAAUAUAAUUUCAAACUUGUGAGGAAUAUAUCUAGUUUGGUGUAUAUUGCUUUACUGGUA